AGGCAGUCCACCGCAGCUCGGCGUGUAUAAAGGUAGCUCAGCUGCUGCUGGAGAAUCAGAACACUCCAAGUCCUCCAGAGAGAAGCAACAGUCGCUCGACAAGGCUCAGCCUAAACUUCAUACCGAAGCUAAACUCUAGCUUUCACUCGACACGAUCAGGAGGAACUAGAGACUACACAACGAGAUCGCCUUGAUCAAAUCUGAAGAGAAGACUGCGUUACAGCGGCAAGACGUUGUAGGAUCCCAAAAGAAGAUUUUUCUUUUGUAAAAGAAAUUGGAAAGAAGAGGUCAUAAUGUUUUCUGGAAUGAAUCUAAGGGUGAUUGCUCUGCUGUGCCUGACUUGCUGUGGAUGGGCUGUGGCUCAAGAGUGCAGUGGACAAUGCCAAUGCCCUGAUGUACCACCCCAGUGUUCGCCCGGUGUGAGCCUGGUGCCGGACAACUGUGGGUGCUGCCGGGUGUGUGCCAAGCAACUGGGCGAACUUUGCACAGAGCGAGACGUUUGCGACCCCCACAAAGGCCUUUACUGUGACUAUGGCUCCCCAAGCAACCGUCGUAUUGGGGUCUGCACAGCAAGAGAAGGUGCCACGUGCGUGUUCGGCGGGAUGGUAUACCGCAGCGGAGAGUCCUUCCAGAGCAGUUGUAAAUACCAGUGCACGUGUCUGGAUGGUGCCGUAGGGUGCGUGCCCCUCUGUGGAAUGGACAUCAGGCUCCCAAGCCCUGACUGCCCUAUGCCCCGCAGGGUGAAGGUCCCAGGGAAGUGCUGCGAGGAGUGGGUGUGCGACUCCCCUCAUCAGAACACCUUUGUGGGAUCAGCUUUGGCAGCUUACAGAGAGGAGGAGACAUAUGGGCCCAAUCUCUCCAUGAUGAGAGAGAACUGCCUGGUUCAGACCACAGAAUGGAGCGCAUGCUCAAAGACCUGCGGAUUGGGAAUCUCUACCCGUGUCACCAAUGACAACCGCGAAUGCCGUCUUGAGAAGCAGUCCCGCCUCUGCAUGGUCCGCCCUUGUGAGUCACACCUGGAGGAGAAAAUCAGGAAAGGAAAGAAGUGCAUCCGUACCCCACGUGUCUCCAAACCCAUGAAGUUUGAGAUUUCUGGCUGCACCACUACCAAGUCGUACAGGCCCAAGUUCUGCGGCGUUUGCACAGACGGUCGCUGCUGCACCCCUCACAGAACCGCCACCUUGCCCGUGGAGUUCAAGUGCCCCGAUGGUCAAGUCAUGAAGAAGCAGAUGAUGUUCAUCAAGACCUGCGCAUGCCACUACAACUGCCCUGGGGAGAACGACAUCUUUGAGUCCAUGUACUACAAGAAGAUGGUUGGUGAUAUGGCGUAAGGAGACAGCAGCAGCAAUGCCAAGGAGUUCCAUGCAGUGACUGUCCACUUGAAUCGAACAGAUAUCCAUCUCAUAUCUCAGCACAAAGUACUUGUUUGUCUUUUUAUGGUUUGUUGCUUUCAUUUUACGUCUUUUUGUGUGUAUGUGUCUGUAUCUUGUACAUGGACUCUGGAUUUAUAUGCUGUAUGUGUAUUCAUAUGUCAAGGUGGAUGUCUAAGGCUAGGGGGUGGGGAUUGUAAAAUGACGGGGCUCUGUUCGGACGCCCCCUAAAAAACAAUACUGCACUAUAGUCCGACUCUGUGACACCCAAUGUCACUGAUUGGCAGAUGACGCCAAGCCCCUCCCCUAAACUGUGGUGGGCAGAUUCAGAUUCUGAAAGCAAAAAUAGUAAGAAACGGAAGGCAGCUUUUAACCCCAGAAGCUAAUCGCCUCACCAAGCGGAGAGAAGGUGGAAGAAUGAGACAGAGAGAAACUGAUGUGCUCUUAUGUUUUAGUUGAUUUUGUCAGCUCAGAGUUUAAUUGAGCUUAACCGAGACAUGAAGUUUGGCCAAGAUCUAUGAAGGUUAAUAUAGCACUGAGUGUUUGACUUUGACUGUCUGGCCCCUCCUGAUGGGAGAUCGUCAGUACCCCUGUCAAAAAGACUGGAUGAAUUGUAGCUUCAUUCUUUUUUUUAUUACAGUAUCUAUUUUUUGAAAGCUGUAAAUAAUGUACAUAUUUUGUACAGCUUAAGUUAAUUUAAAUUCAAAGCAUUUGAUGUCUUUCUUAUUUUCUUGCUUCACCAUGUUUAAUAAUAGCUUCAUGUGCUGACUUGACUGUUCUUUUUACAGUUUGUCCAAUAUUUUAUUGAGAAGUGUGACCAAAAAGUUACAUGUUUUCACUUUUGUAGUUUGAAAUAAAAUAUUAUAUUUUUUAUAUAAA